AAAAUAUUAAUCUAACCUAUAAAUAUUGUAAAUGUUAACCUCAUUGUAAUAUUUACAAAAAAAUCAAAUAUGAGGCGCCUUUCUGAAGAAAGAACUAGAAUAUUAUUCGAAAAACUAUCCAAAUACAUAGGCACAAACGUAAAAUUGUUGAUAGAACGUCCUGAUGGAUUGUAUUGCUUCAGGGAACAAAAGGAUAGGAUCUAUUACGUCUCCGAAAAAAUAUUAAAAUGGGCCAACAAUAUGCCACCAGAACAUCUCAUAUGCGUAGGCACGUGUUUCGGCAAAUUUACGAAAUCCAAUAAAUUUCGUUUACACGUAACUGCUUUGAGUUACUUAGCCCCGUAUGCUCAAAGUAAGAUUUGGUUGAAAGCUGCAGCGGAACAACAAUUUUUGUACGGAAACCAUGUGGCGAAAUCAGGAUUGGGCAGAAUUAGUGAAAACGCUGAAAAAUACCAAGGAGUAGUCGUUUACAGCAUGACCGAUUUACCUUUGGGUUUCGGGGUUGCGGCUAGAUCAACAGCGGAAUGUAAACAUGCCGAUCCGUUAGCGACAGUUUGUUUCCAUCAAGCGGACAUAGGUGAAUACAUUAGAUCAGAAGAAGACUUGUUGUAAGAAAGAUAAAUAAAACAUUUUUAUUCAUUGAAAUAAAAUAAUCAUUUCUCUAAAAUAAAAAAAAAUGUACGCAGUACAUAUAAGUAAUACUCGGAAUCAAAUAAUAAACUUAAAUCGACGUUUUUUAACUUACAUUAUUUUUUGACACUACAUUUCUAUGUCAUUUUUUUGGUUUGGUCUCUUUUUCUUUCUCCUGGUGAAUUAUGUUGAGAAAAGAAUCUAGAUCUAAAGACUUUAGCAUUUUCGUACAGGUUUUUUCUGAUUCAGAAUCGUCUGAAAAUCUUCUUUUCCUCGAUCUGCGAAAAC